AUGAAUUGCCCAUCGGAAGACUUGUGCUCGUCUGAACGAGUCCACGAAGCGUUUUCUUUUUUAAGGAAGAAUUUACCAGUCUCCCUACAAAAUCCUAAAGUUGCAAUUGUGUGCGGCUCUGGUUUGGGAGGCCUGGCAAAUACUAUUCGUGAUGAGCCACGGGCAGAGUUUGAUUAUUCUUCUAUCCCACAUUUCCCGCGUCUAACAGUUCCUGGACAUGCAGGAAAACUUAUCUUCGGCCUUCUGGAUGACCAGUUACCUGUUGUUUUGAUGGUUGGGCGUGCCCAUUACUACGAGGGUCAUUCCAUCUACCAAGUGACAUUCCCUGUUCGAGUUUUCAAAUUGCUAGGGGUUGAUACCAUAGUGUUAACUAAUGCUGCGGGAGGUUUGAAUUCAGAGUACGCGGUUGGCGACAUCGUGUUACUCAAUGAUCAUAUAUUCCUGGCCGGUUUGGCAGGCACUCAUCCACUCCGAGGACCGAACGCCGAAGAGUUCGGUCCUCGUUUCCCCCCUCUGUCCGAUGCUUACGACCUCGAACUUAGACGUCACGUGCAUACAGCUUGGGGUGAGGUGAUGCAUGCAGAAAACCAACGAAGGCUGCAUGAGGGCGUGUAUGCUUAUGUUGGAGGGCCCAGUUACGAGACCAGGGCCGAAUGCCGCAUGCUUCACAAACUCGGUGCAGAUGUGGUUGGCAUGUCAACUGUACCGGAAAUUGUUGUCGCCAGACACUGUGGUAUUAGAGUCUUAGCACUUAGUUUGGUAACAAACUGUGCCGUUCUCUCGCCUGUUCCUCGUGGAGACGAUCGUCUUUUACAAGGAAAGGGUGUUGAAGAGCUAGAUGCUAUUUUGCAGGAGGGCAAGGCAAACCAUGAGGAAGUGCUCGAGGCUGGUCGUUCAGCAGCCAUUGAUAUGCAGAUGGUUGUAGUGCGAGCUAUAUUGGGUGCGUUCAGAAGCGAUUAG